CAGCAGAGAUAACCGAAUGACUGAACCUCAGUGUCGUCGUUGUUGACUUGUUGAUCACUUUUUUCAUGCUUUAAGAAGAACUCUAAUGUGCUUGUUGUGUUUUUAGCUAGAUAAAUCAGACACUGGGCUCAGUCUGCCCAUCACGUGCCUUUAUCAUGACGAUCUUUUUGGAGACCUUAUAUCUCGUAUUAUUGUGCACUAUAUCCAGUGCAGAAGCAGAUGAUGAGAUGGUGUUUAUUCCUGGUGGAACAAUGAUGAUGGGAACCAGUGCCGCUGAUGGGAGAGAUGGGGAAUCACCAACACGAGCUGUGACGCUCCUGUCGUUUCAGAUAGACAAAUAUCCUGUCACUAACUCUGACUUCAGGGAAUUCGUCAGAUUGCAGAAAUAUAAAACAGAGGCUGAAACGUUUGGUUGGAGUUUUGUGUUCCAGGAUUUUGUCUCAGAUGAACUGAAAAGUAAGGUCACUCAGAAAAUAGAGUCUGCGCCUUGGUGGUUACCAGUCGAGAAAGUGUUCUGGAGACAGCCAGCAGGACCAGGCUCUGGUAUCAAGGACAGACUGAAAUCCCCUGUGGUGCAGGUCAGCUGGAAUGAUGCCCAAGCUUACUGUCAGUCGAAGAAGAAAAGGCUGCCAACUGAGGAAGAGUGGGAAAUGGCUGCACGUGGGGGUCUAGAAGGGAGGACAUACCCAUGGGGAAACAAGUUUUUGCUGAACCGGACUAACCUCUGGCAGGGCCAGUUUCCAGAUGGGGACACCAAAGAAGAUGGCUAUCAUGGGGUAGCUCCUGUAACUGCCUAUCCUCCACAGAAUAACUAUGGAUUAUAUGACAUGCUGGGAAAUGUCUGGGAGUGGACCUCGUCAAAUUUUCCUGGUGCUCAGACUAUGUACGUCCUGCGUGGAGCAUCCUGGAUUGACACUGCCGAUGGCUCAGCCAAUCACAGAGCUCGUGUCACCACUAGGAUGGGAAACACACCAGAUUCAGCCUCUGAUAACCUGGGCUUCCGCUGUGCAAUGAGCUCAAAUGCAAAACAGAAAAGGACUGAGCUUUAAGGGCCAAAUGUUCAAGACAAGUUGAUGCCAUUGGUUCAUUAUGGGAUUGAUAUUGCAUUGCUCCCGUGGAGACAUAAACUUCUAUAAUUCAGUGUUUUUUUUUCCCACAAAAUACUGUGAAAAUCAUAAUACUUGUUCUCUAAUCAUUUUAGAUAUAAACUAUGGAAUUAAAAAGGAAUUAAAAAGCAGUUGUAGUAAAUAAUACCAUACAUUUUUAUUGGUUUGACUUUUUUUAGCAUUUAAAAGGAAAUAAUAAUUUACUUGUUUACUUCUCACUGUAUAAAUAAGAGGCUCUGAUAUGUUGUCAUAGCAAUAGAGGUCUAUUUUUGUACCGUUAUCAACAUGGUCUUGAGGUAAAUUGUGCAAUCUAGUAGUUACUAGAGAUGAUGAACCCUCACCAAGUCCUGUGUGCUAACUUACAUCCAUCUCCUCAGUUGCGAUAGAGAGCAGAAUGACUUUUGGAGUGUUCUCAAAUAAAGCUGCUCUGUUCUGA